UUCGUACGUACUGCGUGCUGAGUUGUGUUUUUUGUCUGGUUGCUAUUUCUACGAAAUUAUUAUCCACUUAAAAUGUAUUACAGUGCACCAGAAAUAGCUAAGCACCAAAACCUCUAGAUUGCCAUGUGGUAAGUCUGUUUACACUGCUGCGGACACGGACCUCUCCGAAACAGAUUGCUGGUCAUUACGAGAAGACUAGGGGUACGAUCAAACCAAGUGCAGCUCAUUUCUAUCGGUGGAGUUCACUCACCAGCUUCCAACAGUAGCCAGCAGUUGCAGCCAGCUAAAACUCAUCAGCAAGCAGCUGAAAGUCGGAUGAAAGCAAAGCGUAUCGCAAAAUACUUCCACCAACAGAAAGUGCAGACAAGAAAUGUAGAAAAGCUACGAAAACAGAGAAAGAAGAAAUGAACAGCAAUACAAAGGCAGCCCAGACAGUAAUUUCACUUUCUAUUUUUUAAAACUUUUAUUUUUUAUGACACACUUGCGUGAACUGUCUGCAAGUUUUUGUUUCUGGACUGACGAAAUAGUGUUUUUGUUCCGCGAGUGAUUAAAGGAGGUCCUUCUAGUGUUUGCCUAUUGAUGAUAUCGUCCUGCGUACGUGUUUAUCCAGAUAAUGCCUUUAGUGAAUGAUAAUAACUGAAACAGCAGGGACUGAUCUCAUACAACGUUCAAGUGAAAGGUGAAACAAUCGGGAUUGCAGGGGAGAUACUACAGUGGAAUAGUUUCAGUAAUUAGCGAUUCUAAUGCAUACUGGCAAAUCAAUGAUGGCGACGCAUGUCAAGAACCAGAACUGAUGCUGAAUUCGACCUGUCACUUAGAUCUUAGAGAACCGUAUGCGAAGAUUGUUGUGCGAAGAAACCAGUUUUGAGGGUCGCCUGAAGAAGAGUGUUUUUUUGUCGUCGGUAGUCGCGAGCCGAACUGAACGUGUUUUGCUUGUGUCAUGUUUCAACAGUGACGAAUUGUUGCGACGUGGUACCUAAAAAGCAUUCGGAAGUAAUACCGGCGGAAAGCAAAGUGCACUGAGCAACAGAGCAAUCUGUCCAUUUCGCCAGUCCAAAUGGCGGACAAAGAAGAGAAACGUGUAGGAUGUGCACAUUACAAGCGACGAGCGAAAUUUGUGACACCCUGCUGCAACAAGUUCUACAUGUGUCGCUAUUGCCACGAUGAAAAUGAGACUCAUUUUUUCAAUCGGAAAACCGUAACCGAACUAAUAUGCACCGAAUGCAACACGAGGCAACGGGUGCAAGCGGAGUGCGAGAAGUGCGGCGUCAGAUUCGGACGGUACACUUGCCUUGUGUGCAACUUGUUUGACGACGAAGAUCGUAACCAGUAUCACUGUGAUGGGUGCGGAAUCUGCCGCGUAGGUGGUCGAGGUCGUUUCUUCCACUGUGAGGUGUGCAAUAUGUGUCUUCCAGUGCAAUUGAAAGUGGAAGGACACAGGUGUGUUGAAAACGUGUCCCGCUCUAAUUGUCCAGUGUGUCUGGAUGACAUUCAUACCUCACGUAUCCCCUGCCAUAUUCCCGACUGUGGACAUUUGCUGCAUCGAACUUGUUUCGAGGAACUGCUUUCAUCAGGACAUUACGCUUGCCCAACGUGUCAGACUUCUAUGAUGGACAUGAAUCAACUUUGGGAGUACCUAGAUUCGGAAGUAGCUGCAACACCAAUGCCAAAGGAAUAUGAAAAUUAUUUCGUAGACAUUCUCUGUAAGGAUUGUCAUCAGGAAUCAACAGUGAAGUUCCAUGUAGUCGGAUUAAAAUGCAGCAAAUGUGGCGCUUACAAUACUUGCCGAACUAAAACCAAAAGCUUAGACUCCUCCGCGAAAUGUACAAACAGCAACAAGGCCACAUCUCGUGCAGUAAAUGGUGAGAGCAGUGGCGCAACGUCCAGUUCUUCCUCGUCCACUGCCACGGUAGCGACAUCUACAACAGCGGCAGGCGUCGCAACGAGCUCGAGUAGCAGCAGCAGCAGCAGCAGCACUGUCACGACAACACCGGUGGCUUCCACUUCCGCUGCAGGCGGUGAGGCUAAUUCCAGUUCGACCGUGACCAGCACGGGCACGGUGCCUGCGUCCGAUGCUAGCUCUACUAGCUCUACUGCAAACAGCAACUGCGUGGAACAUUCCUCGUACGACAGCAGUAACAGUAAUCACGAAGCUUAGGACAAAUUUCCAUUUUUUUUGUUUUACCAGAAUCCACUUCGAAACAAAAUUCUCAUGGUGAAAACGGCAUAAUAUGUGUUAGGUGUACGGAAGUAUCAUUCCAUUUUUUUUGUUACUUCCUGUUUUAUGUUACUAUCAUGGAUCAGAAUUUUUGCAUAGCAAGUAACGCAAUAUUGGACAAUUGCGCUCAAAAUUAUAUCUCUGGAAUCAGAAGUGAAUUACGUUGAAAAAAGUCUCUGUAGCACUAACAUUUAUGUUGCAGCGGGCUAAUUUUUCGUCUAUUAUUUCAUUUCUGUACAUAUCUACUUAGCACAUUUUAUAAAUGGUUAUAUUUUAUGUACGUUUUAUAGGCUUCUUUGCUUAUAUAAUAAUAAUAAACAUGUGUUGAACGAUUUUUGGAAUACAGGUCUACUUUUUAUUGCGUAUUAGAAAUUAAAUUGAUUUUGUGGUACUAAAAUUGUAUCUUCGCUUUCUAUGCUUAAAAAAAACUAUACUACUUUUGAUGUUUUCGUUUUCAAUCUGUUUAAAAUAUUACCCAAGACAGUCAGUAAAAAGGACUUGCAUCUCAUCUCAUGUGUUCGCUACAUUCUGUUUCCAUUUUCGGUAACUUAGUUAAUUUGUAUGUGAUAAUGUUUUUUUUCUGUAGUUAGUUAUAGAUCGUAACCUCCGAAACCUGAGUAUGUAAUGUCAAAAUAAGAUUAUGAGUGUCAAUGAAACAUGUUCUCGUCUGUAAUUGCAUCACAAACACACAAAUCAAACUCUCGUAACCAAUAGAAUCAAUAGAAUCUCUGAAUAUUGAUUGACAUGAAAGCAUGAGCUUGGACAUCACAAAUAACGCUGGAAAAGUUAGGUAAUAGUGUUCGGUUCAACCGAUACGGCAUGAUAAAAUCUCUUCAAUAAUGAUUUUGACGACGAAUAACACUAGCAUUAAAAUUCAAAAUUAUAUACUUACACAUAUUUUUAAAUGUUCUACAGAACGUAAUGGACGAUGACAGCGUUAGUUGCGCGUUAGUUAGGUAACCGUACUGUAUAAGUAGUUCAGCAGCUUAGUUUGAUCAAGCGAGAAUCAAAAUUGGAUCAUUAUCGGUGCAUAAAAAGGCCACAUAAAUCAAUAGGUCUGUAGCUCGGGACAUGAUCCGUUGUAACAAUAUUAAUAAUGGCAAUUGCUUGUUUUAUUGAAAAAUAUGACCAGCUAUUAUGUUUUGAGCUACUGACUUAGGUCAAACCUUUCGGUCGAUUUUAACAAUGCUCUAGCUUGACGGAAUGACACUAGAACUAAGCGAUCGUGUAGAUUCUUGCAAGAAUCAUAUUAAGCCUAGAUUAUAACUAAUAAACAUUAGUAGAGAAAUUCUGUUUAGAUUGCAUUCAGCUAAGGCAGUGUUCAGCAGUUUUGCUCGAAUAAAGGUGUUACAUGA